UGUGUACAAAGAAGGAGAAGAGAAUGAAAAAAGUGACAUAAAUGGCGGAAAGCAAACCUAGCGCCAACAUUCGUAUUUUCGUUUAAUUUUCGCUCCAAACUACAACUUAUUCCAGGUUAUUGAUCAUUGCGCAGCAGGUGCGGGCACACAAGGAGUUACCAGAUCGCGAAAGGAAUAAUCAAAUUGAUUUCGGACUAUGUACAAGCGCAAAACAGCGAGUAUUGUUAAAAGAGACAGCAGCUCCGUAGUGGGAACCUCCUCCACGGUUAUGAUGAUGAUGGGCGCUGGCAACGUGGAAGCGGAUGCAUCUCCAGCCAAGUCGGUAUCGUACGAGACCGCGUCUGUCAAAAUGGAAACAUCGCCGGAUCCACCCACGCCGAUAAAGUCCCCGUCGCAAUCCCAAUCUCAGUCACAGCCCGGUCAACAGCGUUCCGUAGGCUCGCUGGUUCUGCUCACCCAAAAGUUUGUGGAGCUAAUGAAGGCUAACGGGGGGACCAUCGAUUUAAAAGCGGCCACUAAAAUCUUGGACGUGCAGAAGCGUCGAAUUUACGAUAUUACCAAUGUUUUGGAGGGCAUUGGACUGAUAGAUAAAGGCAGACACUGCUCCCUAGUGCGCUGGCGGGCGGGGGGCUUUAACAAUGCCAAGGACCAGGAAGACUACGACAUGGCACGUAACCGGACCAAUCAUUUAAAACAGCUGGAAGAAGACCUGGACAAGCAACUGGAGUACGCACAACGAAACCUGCGCUACGUGAUGCAGGAUCCAUCGAAUCGCUCCUAUGCUUAUGUUACUCGUGACGAUCUGCUGAACAUCUUUGGAGAUGAUUCGGUAUUCACCAUACCGAACUAUGAUGAGGAAGUGGAUAUCCAGCGCAAUCAUUACGAAUUGGCCGUAUCACUGGAUAAUGGCAGCACAAUAGACAUUCGCCUGGUGACCAACCAGGGCAAGAGCACAACAAAUCCAAACGACGCGGACGGGUUCUUCGACUAUCGCCGCUUGGACACACCCUCACCCUCAACGUCGUCACACUCCAGCGAAGAUGGUGCUGCAGGAGGCACGGGGAACGUUAUCGCCGACGAGCAUGGGUACUCUUGCAACCCCGAGAUGAAGGACGAAAUGAAGCUACUGGAGAACGAGCUGACGGCAAAGAUCAUCUUCCAAAAUUACCUGUCCGGGCACUCGCUACGUCGAUUUUAUCCCGAUGAUCCGAAUCUAGAAAACCCGCCGUUGGUGCAACUGAAUCCACCCCAGGAAGACUUUAACUUUGCGCUAAAAAGCGACGAGGGCAUCUGCGAGCUGUUCGACGUACAGUGCUCCUAACUGCGGGUCGAGACUUACGCCUUACGACUGCAACUGGCCGCAUGCGUUGUGCAAAUAUUUAUGAUUAGUACAAUUCUGACUUUGAUUUCUCUAUAUCGUUCGUCUAGAAGUUUUAAUUAGUUUAAUUCCUUGUAAUUUCGACAGACUAACAGCAAAACCAAUAAAUUCAUAAAAGCACACAUUGUAGCGUGUGUGUUUGUUUACACAUUUUAAA